UGUGUUCUCAGUGGAAAACCCAGAAAAAAAUCAGAGGAAAUAUUUAGUGGGUUUCUUUUUAUCUCACCGUCGUUACAGAAAGCUCAAAUCUUUUUCUUUCCUUCCCCCAUUGCCUUUAGGGUUUCAAAAGGCGAAUGCUUUACUGGGUUAAUCGCUCUCAUUCUCUUCGAUGCGUUCAAGAUGCAGAUUUGAAUGCCUUUUUCCCCUUAUAUUUUAACUCGACCUUGUUGGGUUCAAAAUCCGGAGAAAGCGACGCAUUGUAGAUUUUAGCUGUUGCUGUCUUUUCCGGAGUGUUUGAGCUAUCAAUCUUUCUGAGGUGCAGGGAAGAAUCUUCUUGGUGAAGGAGUGGUAACCAACUAACCAUCCCUAGGUCUGGACUCUGUAAGGGAUACAUUUGUUGCUGUUUGUAGAAGUUAUUCAUGGUCUUGCACAAGCUCUGUUACUGUUACUAAAAGGUUGGGUCUUUUGUGUGGAAUGAAGCUCUUUCUUGUGUUGCUGGCAAUGGUGGUUGGUUCAAAAAUGUGUUGAAUGAUUGUUUUGUUAUGCUGCGCGUUGAAGGAAUCGUUUUCUGGGCUGUGUUUGUUUUCAAGAUUCGUGAAAUUUUGUUGGGCAUUUCUUGUUAAGGGGCGUUUGAUAGCCGUGUGGGUCUGUAGUUUGGCUGAUUGUGCUGCUGAAUGCUGCAUUUUCUCUAGAUUUCGAUUUUGUGGUGGUGUCUGUAGUUCCUUCGGACACAGGAAGUUUGCCUCUUUUAAGUUAGAAUGAGGAUACUUAGGCUGUUUGUGGUGUGUCUUUGUCUAGUCUCCUCCUUUGGGCAGCUUCCUUCUCAGGAUAUUUUAACACUACUUGAGUUCAAGAAAGGAAUCAAGCAUGACCCAACAGGGUUUGUGCUCGAUUCCUGGAAUGAUGAAUCUAUUGAUUUCAAUGGCUGCCCUUCUUCUUGGAAUGGGAUUAUGUGUAAUGGAGGUAAUGUUGCUGCAGUUGUUCUUGACAAUUUAGGAUUGGUUGCCGAGGUGGAUGUGGGUGUAUUCUCAAAUCUCAGUAUGCUUGUGAAACUUUCUAUUUCAAACAACUCGUUUUCUGGAAAGUUGCCGCACAAUCUUGGAGACUUUAAGAGCCUCGAAUAUCUGGAUAUAUCUGACAAUGAGUUCUCCUCAUCGUUGCCAUCCGAGAUUGGUGCACUGGGUAGUUUGAAAAAUCUGUCCUUGGCUGGUAAUAACUUCUCCGGCUCAAUUCCGGAUGCUAUUUCGGGGCUUUCGUCGAUUCAUUCGUUGGACUUAAGCCGAAAUUCACUCUCUGGCCCAAUACCGCGAUCUUUGACAAGAUUGGGAGGCCUGGCUUACCUUAACUUGUCACUAAACGGCUUCACUAAAGCCAUGCCUAAAGGGUUUGAGCUGAUGAACCAACUUGAUGUUCUUGACUUGCACGGAAAUCUGCUGGACGGUGAAUUAGAUCCUGAAUUCCUGCUGCUCACUACGGCAAGUUAUGUUGAUCUUAGUGGUAACUUACUAGUCAGUUCUGCCAAAGAUCCCAAGAAGUUUCUUGUCGGUAUUUCUUCGUCUGUGAAGCAUUUGAAUGUCAGCCACAAUCAGAUAACGGGAUCACUUGUCGGCGGUGGGGAGGCGGAGGCUUUUGGGAGCUUGAAGGUUUUGGAUUUGAGCUACAAUCAGCUGUCGGGGGAAUUGCCGGGCUUCAAUUUUGUCUAUGAUCUUCAAGUCUUGAAAGUUAGCAACAAUAGAUUUUCAGGUUCUGUCCCUAAUAAUCUUCUGAAGGGCGAUUCUUUGGUUCUAACCGAGCUGGACUUAAGCGGGAAUAACCUGUCAGGGCCGAUAAGUAUGAUUUCAUCCACGACGUUACACACACUUAAUGUGUCGUCUAACAUGCUUUCUGGUGAGCUUCCACUGUUGACGGGAAGCUGUGCUGUCAUUGAUUUCUCAAACAAUCAGUUCGAAGGAAAUUUAACAAGGAUGCUGAAAUGGGGGAACAUAGAAAUGCUUGAUCUCAGCCGAAAUCGCUUGACAGGGUCCAUUCCUGAGGUAACGGCGCAGUUUCUGCGUCUAAAUUACCUCAACCUCUCGCACAAUUCUCUGACUGAUACCCUUCCGAAAGUCCUCACAGUUUUCCCAAAGCUCACAGUUCUUGAUCUUGGCUUCAAUCAGUUGCGAGGUCCUCUGUUGACGAGUCUUUUAACCUCAUCAACUCUUAAUGAGCUUCAUUUAGGGAGCAACAAUCUCUCUGGGAGCAUUGAUUUUUCGCCACUUUCUAAUGACUCGAAUCUUCAUGUUGUGGAUCUUUCUAACAAUCAGCUUAGUGGCUACUUCCCCAAUGGGUUCAAUUCAUUUGCCGGGCUUCAAGUUCUCAAUGUCGGGGGAAACAAUUUCUCUGGCCCUUUCCCUGCUUCUAUCAGUGACAUCCCUAAUCUGAAUUUACUGGAUGCCUCACGGAAUCAUUUCACCGGCCCACUGCCAAAGAAUUGGUCCGACAGUCUCCAAAGCUUUAAUGUGUCGUAUAACGAUCUUUCUGGUGUUGUUCCAGAAAAGCUGAGAAAGUUCCCUCUAUCUUCUUUCUAUCCCGGAAACUCCAACUUGCAGUUUCCUAACCCUCCUCCUGGAUCCGAGCAAGGUCCAUCUGGGCAUUCGCGCAAGAAACACUUGAGGACUCUUAUCAAAGUGGUGAUCAUAGUUUCUUGUGUGGCUGCUCUGUUACUAUUGAUCCUUCUCGCCGUUUUCAUUCAUUAUAGAAUGUUAUCGAAGAAGCCUCCUCCUCAUGUAACCAGCAAGGAUGUAAGCCGGCCAGCUUCAACUAAUCCUUCAAGCAUUAGUGGAAGAGAGCAUGCUGGUGGAAUACUCGUUUCAAAGGAUGACUUGGUGACGUCGAAGAAAGAAGCUUCGUCUGAUAUAAUUAGUCCCGAAGAAAAAGUGGCUACCUUAACUGGAUUUUCCCCCUCAAAAACCAGCCAUUUCUCUUGGUCUCCAGAAUCUGGUGAUUCAUAUACUGUGGAGAGCCUAUCAAAAUUGGAUGUUCGAUCACCUGAUCGGCUCGUGGGUGAACUGUUUUUUCUAGACGACACCAUAUCCUUUUCAGCUGAGGAGUUAUCGAAGGCUCCAGCAGAAGUCCUUGGAAGGAGCAGCCAUGGAACUUCUUACAGAGCAACUCUGGACAACGGGCUGUUCUUGACCGUCAAGUGGUUGAGGGAAGGAGUUGCGAAGCAGAGAAAGGAAUUUGCGAAAGAAGCCAAGAAAUUUGCGAAUAUAAGACAUCCCAAUGUAGUCGGGUUGAGAGGAUACUACUGGGGACCCACGCAGCACGAAAAGCUCAUUCUUUCGGACUACAUUUCCCCUGGAAGUCUUGCGAGUUUCCUCUAUGAUCGACCGGGAAGAAAGGGCGGACCCUUAACAUGGGCUCAGCGCCUCAAAAUAGCCGUCGACAUUGCCCGUGGCCUGAACUAUCUCCACUUCGACCGAGCCGUACCUCAUGGCAACCUUAAAGCAACCAACGUAUUGCUCGAUGGGGCUGAUCUGAAUGCCCGAGUAGCAGAUUACUGUCUUCACCGGCUCAUGACGCAAUCGGGAACCACUGAGCAGAUUCUUGAUGCUGGGGUUCUGGGCUACCGAGCACCCGAGCUGGCUGCAUCCAAGAAACCUCUCCCCUCAUUCAAAUCAGAUGUUUUUGCCUUUGGAGUGAUCCUGCUGGAGCUCAUCACCGGAAAGUGCGCUGGCGAUGUAGUCUCGGGUGAGGAUGGAGGAGUCGACCUUACAGAUUGGGUUCGACUGAGGGUAGCUGAAGGCCGGGGAUCGAAUUGCUUUGAUCCUGCACUGACACCCGAGAUGAGCAUCCCGGCGGCUGAGAAGGGAAUGAAGGAGGUCCUUGGAAUAGCCCUGCAAUGCAUUCGAUCGGUGUCGGACAGGCCCGGCAUCAAGACCAUAUACGAGGAUCUUUCUUCGAUUUAGUUAAGUUAGUUAUUGCCUGUUUUUGUUCCGGUGAAUGAUAUCUGAUCUGCUGUCAUGUGGGAAGCAAAUGGCUCGUUUGGCCUCCCUUUUGCAUUUUGGGAUGGAUGGAUGUGUUUGUGUUUGCAGACAUUGUUUGUACAUUGGAACAAUCACUUUCUGGAGUUUGGACAUCAAACUUCGAUGGGACCUAUUGUCUUUUGGGUACCAAUUUUGUGAUCUCACUGCCCU